AUGCGAAGUCACAGUACGACGGCGUUGUCUCUCUGUGGAGCUGUUGUCAUUGUCUACAUCAUGGUUGCUGUACCAAUGGCCCAGAGCCAAGUUCUUGUGGUUUCAUCGCUACUGAUUCCCCCGUUCCUCUCAUCCAAUGAGUAUGUCAGCAAUGGAACAACCCAGAUCACUUAUGAAGGAUACAUCCAAGACUUGCUGGAUGAGCUGGCCAAGCUGACGGGGAUAUCCUACACCUUCUCUAUCAGGGCAGACAAAAAAUUUGGCCACCUUCUGAGAAAUGGAUCUUGGGAUGGUCUCAUAGGUGACGUAGUCGAGGGGAGGGUCGACUUAGCAGCAGGUCCGCUGACCGAAACGUCCGCACGUUCUAAAGUUGUCGAUUUCUCGACCCCUUUCAUGAACUUUGGCCCCGUGAUCAUCAUGAAGCGCCCCCAAGCACCUGUGAUGACCCUAGAGGAGCGACUUCAGAGGCUCUUCUCUCCUCUGUCUCAAAGCAUCUGGAUGUUGUCAGGUUUGGCCUGGCUGAUUACCAGCGUGGUACUCUACGUCAUCUGUUACACCAACCCCUACGACUGGAGGCGACUUGCCAAGGACAGACAAGCCAGUUUGCGGGAAGCCGAGUCCUUCUCCUGUCUCAACACGUUCUGGUUCACCAUGAGCAACAUCUUGUGGCAGGGUUACACACGCUCGCCCAGGUCCAUAGGUGCUCGAAUUGUGGUGACUUUCUGGUGGGUCUACGUGCUGAUCUUUGUGGUGAUGUACAUCGCCAGCAUGACCAACUAUCUGCAGGUGGGGCCCACACAAAAUGUCGACCAGACCUACACCAGUAUUCAGAAACUCGAAGAUCUUGGACAACAAUCUGAAGUUCGUGUCGGGGUGAUUGAGGGAGGUGCUACCGAACAGUUCUUGUUGACAAACAGGAUUCCACAAAUAAAACAUGUCUGGGCCAGGAUUAAACAGAUGAAGGGCUAUGUCUCAACUUUGGACAAGGCCAUUGACAAAGUUCGAAAGUCAAAGAAGCCUUACGCCUUCAUCGCCGAGUCGGCCAUGGCUAAGUACUUUACCAAGCAUGGGCCGUGUGAUAUCUACAUGGUCGGUGAUUUUACCACUAUAGGGUCGUAUUCGCUGGCAUUUCCGGUCAACUCCAGCCUGGUCAAGCGAGUGGACAUCGCGCUGUUGAUUCUGCGAGAGAAGGGCGUGCUCAAGGAACUGGAAGAUCGCUGGUUUACAGGCGAGUGUUCUGGCUUUUUGGUGGAAAACAACCGAAACAAGCUACAGCUGCCGCACUACCAUGGGGUUGACCUAGGAUCCUUCUCUGGGGCGCUGAUUAUCUUGGGCAUUGGCCUCGUUUUGGGCAGCCUGGUCACGUGUGUGGAAGUCUUUGUUUUUAAAUUUGCGGAAACGGAAGUCAAAGAAAAACCAACAACUGCUCAACCACAGGUCAAUUCUGAGCCUGCAAAGAAGCCUGUACUGGUGUCAAGUUUGGAACCUGAACCAAUCACAGACGUCUGA